AUGAUAAAAGAGAAAAGGAAGAAUAUCCAAAAGGAUAUAAACAAAGCUAGGGACAAAGAUAAAGAUAAAGAGGUUGAGAGGGAGCAUGAAAGAGAGCGUGGACGAGUGCGAGAGAAAGAAAGACACGAAAAGGAGAAGGAACGUGAAAAGGAAAGGAAGAGGGCUGAAAGAAAUAAGGAGAGAGAAAAACAACUUGAAGAACUUGCUUAUAGAGAGAUGGUUUUGGAUCAAAAAGACAAGGAUGUCGUUAGGACCAGAACCUAUAUUGCUACUAUGCCAACCCCAACAUCUCAUGAUGCUCGUGAAAUUCCUAGCUCCGAGGUUACCAUUUUGGAAGGGCAUACUUAUGAGAGCCCAACCGGUUCACUUCUUGCAUCAGGAUCUGGAGAUUCUACAACUUGUAUUUGGACAAUAUCUGAUGGCCUUUUCAGAUCUGGUACACAAAACAGUCCUUUAAAUGUUCUAGUUCUGAAGCAUGUAAAAGGAAGAACAAAUGAGAAAAGCAAAGAUGUGACAACGCUUGAUUGGAAUGGUGAGGGGACGUUGCUUGCAACAGGUUCAUAUGAUGGCCAAGCAAGGAUUUGGACUACAAAUGGUGAACUAAGAACUACGUUGAGUAAACACAAAGGACCUAUAUUUUCUCUGAAAUGGAACAAGAAGGGUGAUUAUCUUCUUACGGGAAGCUGUGAUAAAACGGCAAUUGUGUGCGAUGUCAAAGCAGAGGAAUGGAAACAGCCCUUUGAAUUUCACACAGGUCCAACCCUUGAUGUUGAUUGGCGGAACAAUGUUUCAUUUGCAACAAGCUCCACUGACAAUAUGAUAUGUGUUUGCAAGAUUGAAGAAACACGCCCUAUUAAAACCUUUGCGGGUCAUCAGGGUGAAGUAAAUUGUAUCAAAUGGGAUCCUACAGGUUCACUGUUGGCCUCUUGUUCUGAUGAUAUUACUGCAAAGAUAUGGUGCAUGAAGCAGGACAAGUAUGUUCAUGAUCUGAGGGAGCAUUCAAAGGAGAUAUAUGCCAUCAGAUGGAGUCCUACUGGGCCAGGGACAAACAAUCCUAACCAGCAGCUAGUUCUUGCAAGUGCGUCAUUUGACUCUACUGUAAAGCUGUGGGAUGUGGAACUAGGGAAACUUCUCUACAGCUUGAAUGGACACAGGGACCCUGUAUACUCGGUUGCAUUUAGCCCAAAUGGAGAGUAUCUAGCCAGUGGAUCUCUUGAUAAGUCCAUGCACAUCUGGUCCUUGAAGGAAGGGAAGAUUGUGAACACAUAUACCGGCAAUGGCGAAAUAUUUGAAGUCUGUUGGAACAAGGAAGGUGGCAAGAUUGCUGCUUGUUUCGCAAACAAUACGCUAUGCAUCUUAGACUUUAGAAUGUAACAUACCUAGAAACUU